AGAUCGUCGACGGCAACGCUAAAAUGACCCUGGGAAUGAUCUGGACCAUAAUCCUUCGCUUCGCCAUCCAGGACAUCUCUGUGGAAGAAACAUCAGCCAAAGAGGGUCUUCUUCUGUGGUGCCAGAGGAAGACUGCUCCCUACAAGAAUGUCAACAUUCAGAACUUUCACAUUAGCUGGAAAGAUGGGUUGGGAUUCUGUGCUCUCAUUCACAGACACCGUCCAGAGCUCAUUGACUAUGGCAAACUGCGCAAGGAUGACCCCAUGACCAACCUGAACACAGCCUUCGACGUGGCAGAGAAGUACCUGGAUAUCCCCAAGAUGUUGGACGCUGAGGACAUCGUAGGCACAGCCCGCCCAGAUGAAAAAGCCAUCAUGACCUACGUGUCUAGCUUCUACCACGCAUUCUCUGGCGCUCAGAAG